AUGACUUCUAAUGGGCACAUCUUCUCAGAAGCCGAAUCAGACUCAAUCAGCAUCUACAAUGCAAAAUCGGUUUCUGAGAUUCGUGCGGCCCUUGCCGAGCUGCACCAAAAGGAGGCCACGGUAACCACUCAACUUGAUGCCUUAAUCAGUGCUCAAAAGGAACUCCAACGAGAAUUGGGACACCUUGAUCUUUUUCGUGCAAAUGCUACGUCCCAAGCGUCGAAACUUCGGGCAGUAAGCAAUGGCAUGCUGUCAGAUGCUGCCGCCAAUGCCAAACGAAUUUCGAAUUCUGUGAAACGACUGGACCUGGAACAAGAACGGGUCAAAGCAACGCUAACAGUCGUCGAACAAGUUGGUGAGCUGAAAGCUUGCGUGCUUGGUGUCUCAGGCUCAAUGGGGGCCGCUCAAGACUGGGAGACGGCUGCAAGCUAUCUCAGUCGAGCCUCAAAAAUCCCUAGGGAGGUCGUCGACGGCCCUUUUGCGGCUAGAGUUGUUCCUACGGCAGAAGUACCCGAUGCCCCUGCCGUCACUCUCGAAGCAGCAUCGGAAUCCUUGUGCAGUCUAUUUCUGAGAGAGUUCGACAAAGCAGUCAAGGACAGCGACGGUGCUAGAAUCACUCGUUUCUUCAAAUUAUUCCCUCUCAUCAGCCGAUCAGACGUAGGGCUCGAUGUCUAUGGGCGUUAUGUCUGUCAGGGUGUGGCAAGCCGCGCCAGAGCAAACCUCAACGCCGGUACCGGCGGAAAUCAAAGCAAAGAUGGGUUCUUCUAUGCCAAUGCUUUGACAAAGCUGUUCGAGCACAUUGCACAAAUCAUAGACGGCCACGGCAGCCUUGUUGAGCACCAUUACGGUCCAGGGAGAAUGGCAAGAGUUAUCGAGCGGUUACAAGUCGAAGCCGAUAUGCAAGGAGGGAUCAUCCUUGACACGUGGGCCGACGAACGAAGAAUCGACCGGCAACUCACAGACAUCAGGUCCUACGCUUUCAUGUUCCUAGUCCAAAGUUUCAUGCCUGCACAACGAGGAGCCACUAGUAUACCGCGUUCAAAUUCACCAGCACCAGGACGAGCAAGCGAAGAUGAGUCUGUUGACAUGAAACAGGUAGACGCCCUUUUGAACGAAAUGGCAUCAAUGCUUGGAAAAUGGUCGCUGUACACACGAUUCGUCGCCAACAAGUGCCAGAAUCCCUCCGGCAGCGAAAACCAUAGUCCAGAUAUACCACAAUUCCUGAUCAACUCGAGCCUGAUGAAAAAGAUCCAAGACAGGGUCCUCACACCAUUCAACACUAUGACGACCUUCUUCUUCCGACGCUCCGUGGAAAAGGCUUUUCAACUCGACGAACAACCACCAGAUCUCUCGCUUAACCCACACAAACCCCUCAACUCCAAUCCUCCACAUGUCACCUCCGCGAUCGAGGACAUCAUGUAUAUCGUCAACAAGAUCCUGCAGCAGUCUCUAGCUACUUCUCAGAAGGCCGUUGUCUCCAGCGUCAUUCCGACGCUCGGCCGCGUGCUGGGCUCCGACUUCAUCGGCAUGGAACAGCGCAAGAUGCGGGACGAAAGCUACCCCAAAGCAGCCAUCCCAGGUCAGCUACCACCAGAGUCGAUGAUUGUCUCGUUCCUCGUACUCAUCAACAAUCUCGAUGUCGCUAAGGACUACAUUGACCAGAUCGUGCGCGCCCGCACCCAACCGACCGCAGGAUCACCUCACCAGCUCCUUGAUGACCUUUUCCCGGUUCCCGCCGACGCCGAAUCCGUCCAUCUGACGCUAACCUCCCUCUCCAGCUCAUUCAGCGAGAAGUCCAGCGAACUGAUAUCAGACGGCGUGAACGUGGUGUUUCAUAACGUGAUGAAACCACGGCUGCGGCCGAUCCUGAUGGACGCAUUCCGCGACACGGACUACAACCUGAGCAAGGAGCAACUAGCAGAUCUAGCACACGAGCUGGAAGCAGGUGGCGGCGCGCCCAUGGGCGGUGACGACGACAGCUUCUUCUCGGACGAGGUGCGCAUGCGGUUCCAGCUCGGGUGGGAUGCGCUGACCAAGCCGAUUGGCCGCAUCAUGACGGAGCGCACCUUCGACACCCUGUUGACCGUCGUCAUCACGUACCUGAGCAAGAUGAUCGAGAAGCGCCUGUGGACUUACCAUGGCAGAGUCAACGAGAUCGGCGCCUCGCGCCUCGAGCACGACGUCAAUGAAAUUAUCAAGGUCGUUGUCAAGGGCCAGAAGUACUCCUUCCGUGAAGCUUUCCUACGGUGCAGUCAGAUUUGCAUGAUCAUGAACAUGGACGAUGACGAGUGGGAGGAGACUCUGGAGUCUGGGGGUGAGGUCGCGGACAAGUUGAAGCCGGAUGAGAGGGUGAGGGCGAGGAAUAUGGUCAAGGAAAGUACCUCGUAG